CAUCUGUCUACCCACAAACACACGCAGAGAGAGAGACAAGUACAGACAGUGAAACUCGACGAGACCAGCCAUGGUAGCAAGGGCUCAGCCUGAUCGGAAACAAUUACCGCUGGUCCUACUGAGAUUGCUUUGCCUUCUCCCUACAGGGCUGCCAGUCCGCAGCGUGGAUUUUACCCGAGGUACCGAUAACAUCACCGUGAGGCAGGGGGACACAGCCAUCCUCAGGUGUUAUGUAGAAGACAGAAGCUCCAAGGUGGCCUGGUUAAACCGUUCUGGCAUCAUUUUUGCUGGAGAGGACAAGUGGUCCCUGGACCCUCGAGUAGAGCUGGAGAAGAGAAACCCCCUGGAAUACAGCCUGCGGAUCCAGAAAGUGGAUGUCUACGAUGAGGGGUCUUAUACAUGUUCAGUGCAGACACAGCAUCACCCCAAGACUUCCCAGGUUUACUUGAUCGUGCAAGUUCCACCAAAGAUCUCCAAUAUCUCCUCGGACAUCACCGUGAAUGAGGGCAGCAACGUGACCCUGGUUUGCAUGGCAAAUGGGCGUCCUGAGCCUGUCAUCACCUGGAGGCACCUCACUCCAACAGGAAAGGAGUUUGAAGGCGAGGAGGAGUAUCUGGAGAUCCUAGGGAUCACGCGAGAGCAAUCGGGCAAAUAUGAAUGCAAAGCUGCCAACGAGGUUGCUUCAGCAGACGUCAAGCAAGUCCGGGUCACUGUGAACUACCCUCCCACCAUCACAGAGUCCAAGAGCAAUGAAGCGGCCACGGGACGACAAGCCUUACUCCGGUGCGAGGCAUCAGCAGUGCCCACGCCUGAUUUCGAGUGGUACAGAGAUGAUACCAGGAUAAACAGCGCCAAUGGUCUGGAGAUAAAGAGCACGGGGAGCCAGUCUCUGCUGAUGGUGGCCAAUGUCACUGAGGAACACUACGGGAACUACACCUGCGUGGCUGCCAACAAGCUGGGAGUCACAAACGCCAGCCUAUACCUUUACAAACGAGUUUUACCCACACUCCCCAAUCCUUUUCCAGGACCUGGCACAGGGAGAGUAGACAACGGCUCCAUGAGUUUGGCCAUCCCACUGUGGCUGCUGGCAGCGUCCCUGCUCUGCCUACUCAGCAAAUGUUAAUACAAAUCAGAAUUUAAAAAAAUAAUAAUAAUAAUAAUUAAAAAAAAAACCAACACGGCGACAACAACAACAACACACAAAACAAAACGCGUUAUACAGGAGACAGAGCGAAGAGAGGGGAGAGAGAAAAGGGGGGGGGAGAGAGAGAGGACUGUUUAUUUCACAACUUUUGUGUGUUCAGGAGCGAAGAGGGGGGAGAGGAAAACUUACAGCAAAGAAGACUCAGCAACAUUUAAUCCGAAAACUGACAAGCCGGCUGUCAAGUCACUGACCAUCUAGGAGGCAACACAAAGCAAGGGAGAGAAUGGGGCACCAGCAAGGAUCGUGUUGCCGGAGGAUGCUGCAAUGUAAACAAUCCAACAAAACCCGCAAAGCCAAUCGAACAGAAGAUCCCUUUUCUUUUCUCUCCUCCUUCCUCUUUUCCAUGCUCCCUCACCUUCCUUCCUCCUCUUUCUUUCUUUUGUGGAAAGAGGUCUUUGCUUCGGUGUCAAUAGCCACUUAACUUUUUGGAUGCCCUGGGUCAUUUUCGUGAGCCGAUGCUCAGCCAGUUCAUACUUUUGAAAACAAA